CAUGAAGUUUCAUGACGUCGUUAUCUCGGGCGGUACAAUCAUUCAGAACAACAUCUCUGACGAACAUCGUGGAAAUGGAAAGGGAUUCAAAUCUCUGAAGGAAGCUGUAGUUUCGAACGCCUUCCACGACUCCGGAGAGAGGUUCGACCCACCGAGAUGCCAUCCCAAUACACGAGUAGCCGUCAUCGAGCGCAUAAUGGACUGGAUCAAUGGCGAGAUCGACACCGAUACACUCGUCCUCUGGCUAUACGGUCCCGCAGGAGCCGGAAAAUCAGCCAUCGCGCAGACCAUCGCAGAAUUGUGCCACGAAGCUGGCCUACUUCUUGCCACUUUCUUCUUCUCAAGCACUGAUCCUUGCAGGAACAAUACCAAGAGUCUCUUUGCGACCCUCGCCUACAAAGUCAUGUUCUACGUCCCUGCCGUCCGUCCUAUUAUCGAACAAGUCGUCGAGGUAGAUCCUCUGAUAUUUGAAUGCUCCCUCGAGGCACAGUUCACAAGACUUAUCCUCGAACCCUUUGCUUGUCUCUUUGAGACGGGCCUUUUCAACCAGAUCCCCUUUCCCCCCGUUAUUAUCAUCGACGGCUUGGAUGAAUGCUUGGAUGAUGCAGCCCAGCAAGCAACACUUGCGGCGUUCUCCAAAGCAGGGAAACAGAGGAGGGUGCCAUUUAAGCUCCUGAUUACCAGCCGCCCUGAACAGACCAUCAUUUCCUCCUUCAAAUUGACGCCUUUGAAGCCACUCACUUGCCCCUUCCAAUUGAACGACGACUACAAGCCCGACGAAGACGUUCGUACCUUCCUUGUCGACAAAUUCGACGAGCUCAGGAGCACUCAUCCCCUGGGAGCCUCUAUCCCCCCAUCGUGGCCCUCCGAAGCUGACAUAGACCAGCUCGUGGCGAAAUCAUCGGGUCAGUUCAUUUACGCCUCAAUUGCCAUACGGUUUACCUCUUCUCUUCGCCAUCAUCCCCGCGAUCGACUGAACAUUGUCCUCGGCCUCCGUCCUCCACGGCGUGAUUUACCGUUCGUAGAGCUCGAUGCCCUAUACACCCAAAUUAUUUCCUCUUCUGAGGACGUCGGGACGCUCUUGAAUAUCCUAGGGACCGCAAUUGUCCUAGCUGGCAUGCCGGCCACCGAGCACAUGGCACCUUUACCUGCUGGUAUAAUAGACAUGGCACCUUUACCGCCGACAUCAACUCCCUCGUGGAAUGGGAUGACAAUCGGAAUAGAGUUAAAUUCCAUCACGCAUCCUGUCCUGAUUUUUUAUUGGAUGCUCAACGUUCUCGCGGCCUCCAUAUCGAGCCCUCUUUG